AUGUCCCCAGAGCUGGCAAGAGACAUUGAGCAAGAGCUGGCAGCGCUCAAGGAAGCCGAAGGUGGUGGACCGCUCAUUGGCUCCACCGGAAGCCGUCUCCUCUCUGGCAACUCGGCUUUCAGCGAGGAGCUGGAGCAGGAGCUCGCCCAGUUCCAUCGCGCUGAGGCGGCCUUGCUGUUCAACUCCGGAUUCGACUUGAACCUGGGUUUCUUUGCUUGCGUCCCCCAGCCUGGUGAUGUGGUGCUUUAUGACGAGCUGAUCCACCAAUCCGUACGCGAGGGUAUGAAGCUGUGCCGCGGCAGGGCCAUCCAGUUUCGCCACAAUGACAUCUCUGCUCUUCGACAAGCUGUGGCAGAUGUUCUGGCAGGAGCCUAUGACCGGAGACCGAACAUCAUCAUUGCUGUCGAAUCCGUGUACUCCAUGGAUGGGCACUGUGCCCCCCUGGCUGAGUUCUGCGACAUCGCAGAGUCCGCAGGAGCAUCCUUGGUGGUAGACGAAGCGCAUGGAACUGGCGUAUACGGUCCAGAGGGGCGUGGCCUGGUGUCGGAACUGGGCUUGGAGAGUCGCGUCUUUUGCCGUGUGCAUACCUUUGGCAAAGCCCUUGGUGUCCAUGGGGCCGUAGUCGUGGGACCCAGGGUUUUGUGCGACUAUCUCCUCAACUAUGCAUGGUCAUUGGUGUACUCUACGUCCUUGCCACUCCAUUCGCUUGUGGCAGUUCGGUGCGCCUACUCCUUCAUGCGGCGAGAGGCCUCGAAGCGCCAGCUUCAUCUGCAAAGACUCAUUCAGACUUUCCAAAAGCGGCUAACAAGCCUUCCUCCAGAUCAGGUCUUGCAAAGCAGUUCUCCGAUUCAGGGACUUAUCGUCCCAGGCAAUUCUGCAGUCAUGGCAGUAGCCAAGAAUUUGAGAGAGAGGUUUGAUGUGCUCCCUAUCCGCUCACCCACCGUUCCAGCAGGUAAGGAGCGCCUCCGGAUUAUUUUACAUGCUCAUAACACGGAAGAGCAAGUUCAUGCUUUGAUGAAUACCUUGGACUCAUGUCUUCAGCGUCUUCAGCCAGACGGCCAGCUCCAAACCCCUCCAGCCGCCAGACUUUGA